AAGAGGUGUAGGAAGUUGUAAACGAAGCAGCAGAAGAAGAAGCUCGUUUGCGUGCUUAGCCUCAGGCCCUCAGCUCUGCCUCUUGAAUCGGAUUUGACUCAGUAGAGGCGUGGGUCGCAUCAACGCAAUGAGUCAGGAAUCGUUCAUAUACAGCUUCGUGGCUCGUGGGACCGUGAUCUUGGCUGAGUACACCGAGUUUACCGGAAACUUUCCGGCGAUCGCAGCUCAGUGCCUGCAAAAACUCCCUUCCUCCAACAACAAGUUCACCUACAACUGUGACCACCACACUUUCAAUUUCCUUGUUGAAGAUGGUUACGCCUACUGUGUUGUCUCCAAAGAAUCUGUUAGCAAGCAGAUCUCAAUCGCAUUUUUGGAGCGUAUGAAAGCUGAUUUUAAAAAGAGAUAUGGUGGUGGUAGAGCAGACACAGCUAUGGCCAAAAGUCUUAACAAGGAGUUUGGGCCAAUUAUGAAAGAGCAUAUGAAGCAUAUCAUUGACCAUGCCGAAGAGAUCGAAAAGCUAUUAAAAGUGAAAGCUCAAGUUUCAGAAGUAAAAAGCAUAAUGCUAGAGAAUAUUGACAAGGCUAUUGAUAGAGGGGAGAACCUAACCAUUCUGGCUGACAAGACUGAGAGUCUGCAUUCACAGGCGCAAGAAUACAAGAAGCAAGGGACGCAAGUCCGACGUAAGAUGUGGUACCAGAACAUGAAGAUCAAAUUGGUUGUUUUCGGAAUCUUACUGCUUCUGGUCCUCAUAAUCUGGCUUUCUGUUUGCCAUGGAUUUGAUUGCACCAACUGACAAAUGUUCAUCACAAGGGCACACAAGAGAAAUCACAGUUCUUAGAUAGCGGAAAUUCUUCAGAGCUUCUGUCAAAAACUGAUGCACAGAAAGCGAGCCAGAGGGAUCCAUUCAAGCUGUUUAUGUUACAAUGUGAACUUGUAAAAAAUGUUUGCGACAUUUUGUUCAUUAUUUCUCAGUUCAAUAUGGCAGUGAAGUUUGCUUACGUGCA